GGCCCACUCGGAAGGGCGGCCUCACUGUUGUUUUGUCCCUCAGUCAGGAAGAGGCGGAGGAGGCUGCGGUGGCAGCAGCAGCAGCAGCAGCUUUAGCUCGGCUCUGCUUCUCCGGGUUGCUGCCGACGGGCUUCCCGGUGGUGUCGCUCGCUCGACGGGCCCGGCUUUCGAGGCUUUAAGCGGGCGGGGCGAUGCAGCCUCCGGGCCCCCAGCAGCCCCCACGGCCCCCGCCGCCUCCGCCCCUUUACGCGCCCAACAACGGGGACUUCACUUUCGUCUCUUCGGCCGACGCCGAAGAUCUGAGUGGUUCAAUAGCCUCUGCAGAUGUGAAGCUCAACCUUGGUGGAGGAAAUGGGGAAUUUAUCAAAGAAUCUACUGCAACUACAUUCCUGAGGCAGAGAGGAUAUGGCUGGCUUUUGGAAGUAGAAGAUGAUGACCCUGAAGAUAAUAAACCUCUUUUGGAGGAGCUAGACAUUGAUCUAAAGGACAUAUACUACAAAAUCCGAUGUGUCUUGAUGCCGAUGCCUUCUCUUGGAUUUAACAGACAAGUAGUAAGAGAUAAUCCUGACUUCUGGGGCCCUCUAGCAGUUGUCCUGUUCUUCUCAAUGAUCUCAUUAUAUGGACAAUUCAAGGUGGUAUCAUGGAUUAUAACUAUUUGGAUAUUUGGAUCCUUGACAAUAUUCCUGUUGGCCAGGGUUCUCGGAGGCGAGGUUGCAUAUGGCCAAGUUCUCGGUGUGAUUGGAUAUUCUUUACUUCCUCUUAUUGUAAUAGCACCUGUACUUCUGGUGGUUGGAUCAUUUGAUGUUGUUUCUACGCUAAUAAAACUUUUUGGAGUAUUUUGGGCUGCAUACAGUGCUGCUUCGUUAUUAGUUGGAGAAGAAUUUAAGACCAAGAAGCCCCUCCUAAUCUACCCCAUCUUCUUAUUGUACAUCUAUUUUUUGUCCUUAUAUACUGGGGUGUGACCUGCAGUGGUGGCUUUGGACAGGAACAAUGUCUUAGCUUGCCAUGAGGACUGAUGAAAUGUUGCCUGAUUGAAAAUACAAAUGACUGUCAUAUCUGGCUGUCAAGGUUUUAGUGGUAAUCCAACUAUAUCUGUAUAUUAUUUAAGCAGUUUUAGUUACAUUAGAGAUUUAUAACAGAGUUUUAGGUUGAAGACUUAUAAGAUUUUUAUUGAACAAGGUAAGAACAUUGUGUUUAUAGCCUGAAAUUUCAGAAUAAAAGUUUGUUACUUGUGCCAAAUGCACAAGGACCAUAUGAUUAGUACAUUAAAUUGAAGUGGAAUUCUGAUUACUGUUAAUAGUUCAUUUAUUACUUUCAACACAGCAUAUUCUGUAGAUAUAUUUAUGAAUCGGUCCCGAUUGUUCAGACUAGCCUGUAACCAAGACAUGACCCUUAAUGUGGUGCCUUGCACACUCUUGAUUUGGCCAUUACAAAUUCUGACUCUUGAAAGUGUUUUAUGUGCAUCCGUAUGUAGGUUUAGGUUAUUUCCUUGUUGAAGCAGGAUUAUAGAUGCAUAACAAUUUGAGCAUCCAAAUGUUUGAAUCAGUCACUGUUUUUUGAUAAAAUUGUGUGUAUGCCAUAGAACAUUUUUACAGUGUUGAUUUGGAAAUCUUUAUGAUAGUGGUGAUAAAUGGGGAGAAAGGUUUAAAUAAAUCUUACAGUUCUGAACCAAAUCUUAUAAUGGAAUAAACAGUGCUUCUCCAAAACUGUACUUGUUUUUAUAACACCUUGUUUUGCUGUUUUGACCUAUUACUGUUCAGAGUGGGGUAAUGUACUACUUUUUAUGGUAAAAUGGCACUCCUUAAUAUGAGAUGAUACCUGAUGAAAUGGCAGCAGUUAGACUUUGAUUAGCAACAGAAUUAAACUUGUGUUGUGAUGACCAGGAUAAUUUUUGACGUGGCUUAAGAAUAUUAUGGAAAUGGCUGUUUAAUAUUGGCCCAAGAUUAACUUUUCCCCACCAAUAAAACUUGAAAUUAUAGUCUUAACUACAAGGACUUACUUAAUAUGUUUUAGCAUUUCCAAAGUACACCCUUGGUCCAUGCCACCUAUGGAGCUCUGUGCCCAUAAGCAGACUAAUUAUGUGUAUCACCUGCUGGAUUGGGAACCCCAGGCACUAUUCAGAUGCACAUCUGAAUAGGGAUGCUUUUAGCACAUGUAUGCCUUUGAAUCAGAUUCAGCUUUGGAUGCAUAUCCCCACCCACAUUCUUGCAUAAGCAGUCAUGUGCUAGUAGGUGAUGUCGGUUGUUACUCAUACUUGGAGUAGCCCGAUUGAAAUCAAUGGAUAUUGAAUCCAUUGGUUUCAAUAGAUCUGCUCUGAGUUACUUGGUUGGACAUUGCCCAGUGUCUUCUCCCCCUUUUUAAAAGAAAUGAGCUGGAUCAGAGCUCUUGACAAUUGGGAUUAAAAAAUGAACCUUGCGAAACUGCUAGUAUAUUACCAAAUUGUUUUCUUGGUUAGAAAAAUAACAAAAAAGGAGCUAAUUUAGCAGCCGAUCAGCCUAAAAUUUCUUUAAACUGGGUUCAGUUUUAAGUAACUCUUGAAGUAUUUAUUCUGUUUAAAUCGAAUUCAAACAAAUUAAACAACUGAGCAGUGCUUUUUAUGAUAGCAAGUUUCUAGUCUGAAUCUUGCACUAAACCAUGGCUUAUUGAGCCAUGACAGUGUGUUAUGUGUGAAUUGUGUCUAGCAGCUUAACAAUGGCUUUUAAUGGCUUUUUGUUGGCUUACAAACCUUGCUUUCUUUUAAACAUGGAUUGGCUUGGUUAACUUUGGUUUGUUUGCCCACUUCACCCCAGAUGCUCACCAACCUGCAAAGGUACAAGGCCAAGAAGAGCUGGAAAAUAAAUGGAGAAACAAUCCAUAGUUUGAUCAUCUUUAGGAAAAAUUGUGGUUAUCCUCUUUGUUAGGCAAACUAUGUGAAGCAAGCCACUAUUGUAUGAAUCACUUUGCCUGUAGGCUGUGUUCAUUAUUCAACUAGGCCCAAAUUAUUACUGAAAAAAUAACUCCUGGGUUAAUUCCUAGUUUGUAUGUACUGUGUUAAUUAUGUCAAGAAUGUAUUCUAUAAUGAGUACUUUAUUGAGAUGUUGCUAAAGGUUUAGCCCUUAAUCUAAAAUAUUACCUAAUUUCAGUAGAUCGUAACUUUAGUAGAGUCACUUCCUGUAUUAGAAUUUUCUAUGUUUCAAUUUUCUCAAGUUGCUCUUGCAACUCACCCCAUCAGCAGAACCAAGAACAUGGGAAGGCUUUUAUGAAAGCUUCAUAGGUGCAUUCCAUGAAGAUGUUUAUGUAAGAAUCUUAGAAUGACCCAUGUAUAAGUGAUGCAUCUAAUUAUAAAUUUUCUGAAAGUAUAUGCUAAUAGUUCCAAUUAGCAUAUGCUCACCUCAGUAAUCCUGUGGUCUUUUUAGAACCAUGUAUGAUUAAAUGGCCUAGCGACAAUCAAUCGGCAUUUUUUAUGAGAACCGUAUAUACAAAUGGAAGUACAAAAAAUAUUGCUGCUGUUUAAAAUGUAAAUACUAGCACAGCAACUUUUAAUAACCAUUUUAAUUACUAAUAUUGGAGCCCAAGGACAAGGACUGAAGUUCAUUUUUCUAGUUUAAAGUACAGGGAAUAUACAGUACAGGGAAUAUACAGUACAGAACAACAGUAUGACACUCUUGACUAAUGGGGAAAGAUAAAAUGCAAUAGCCCAGUCUUUUUGAACUCACGUAAGAACAGUAAUAUAGACUUGGUAUAAUAUCUAGCUCCUUAAUGCUGUUGCUGCUGCGUUCUUAAACUUGUAGCCUAGAAGACGUAGUGUGAUAUCCAACUAAGUUAGUAAUAUCCAUCAAUUUCAAUGGGUCUAUUCUAGGUAUGGCUAACAUUGAAUACUGCACUCAGUUUGGAUUAAAGUGUAUAUUUGUAGUGUGUAUUUGGAUUUAACAUCAGUUUGUAUACACAUGAGCAGAAUUGCAUAAUGUUUCAAAAGAUAUUUCACCUCUGCAUAUGCUAUGCAAAGAAAUGGUUGGGUUAUUUAAUGGUUCUAACAGUUUAUAACAAAUGAACCUUUUUCGUUACAUUUGAUUACUAUUUUUAGGCUAGGCAUAUAUGUAAAUACAGUAAAUGUAUUUUAUAAAAUUUGGAAUUAAACUUGUUUGCACAAUAUG